AUGCCAGAGUUGAAUGACUACUCCUUCUCCAUCAACACGGUCGAUAUAUUCACCCUGUCUACGCGCACAACAUUUCACCGGUUGGAGGAUUCCAUAUCCCCAGUUCAGUCCCUCAUAUCCACUGGAUUUCUGGGCAAUGCACCCCACAAUCCCUCAAUUGCAAUAUCUCUGCGGACUCUUGAGCAUUACCGCCUCCUUCACUUGCGCAAGCCAUCACUCAGCAUUGAAGCCUUUACAAAGGUCAUAUGUGACUCUUACUUGAUUGCUUACUGCCGCUCAUAUCGCACUGCCUUGGCAGACUCGUUCGAUGUGUACCUCACCAUUCUUCAUGAAGUUGGGAGACGAGUGGACACAGCCCUUGGACGUGAUACGCCAAAUUGGCGGGUACUCAAUGCAUGUCCUCCAUGCUCCCAUGAAUUGAACGGUGAACCGCCACUGAAGUUUACAUGCAUGUAUAUGAUGGAUGGUGGCAAUUCAGCCAAGCAUAUGAUGGGCAUUGGUGACCGACAAUGUGGUGACACUCAGGUGUACACUGAGAGUGAUUACAUGCUUCCACGUACCUUCAUUGAUCACUUCACUAAUGAAGUGCUGCAACCUUGCUCUGCACAUCGGGUCAAUGAUCGCCUGGCCCCUGAUGAUGACAUUGUCUCUGAUGCCGAAGAAGAUGUCUCCCGGGCACACAUAGUAGCUGACGAUUGUAGCAAAAAUUGGAAAGCAGCAGCAGACAAUGAUAAUAAAAGGAUGUGGGCAAUCUUCAAUGAGACAGGGAUCUUCAUUGCAGCCUGUAGACAUGGAUUCAUUUUAUGGCACGCAGAUAUGAUUAAGAGUGGUGAAUUAGCAAAGUAUCCAUUGGCGAUUGUUGCCAAAGUUCUUGAAGUCAUUGGAGAGCGCACUCUUGGUGCCUAUGACAUUGGGUGUGGAUUCUCAUCCACAGUUUGUGCAUUGUCCUUGGGUACUACCUUCACAGAAAUGCAAUCACGCUUGUGUGUUGACUCAUUCCAUGAUUACGCACACAAUUACGUGUGUCAAACUCAACAUCAUCCCCUCGGCAUCGAAGGCACAGGACUCGAAGACUUUGGCAUUGCCAAGCACAUCUUCAGCGCUUCGAAUGCGCUAUCGCCUGUUAUUCACUAUGCUAGUGCCUACCACUGUCAUAUGUUCCUGGAUCUGUUCUUCAAGCAGUGGGAUGAAGACAAGUACGCAAACCUUGGCACCAUGCUACUCAAUAACUAUCGGCAAGCACUGCGAAUCAUAUCAUUGGAGACUGUAGCAUUGGAGGAGGCAAAGACUUCUCUUGGUGUACAAGACAGUGACCUCGUGGAUUGGCGAGCUGAAGAAAUUCAGUACUUCUGGACGCUUGGGAAGGAACCUGAGUGGGAUGCACAUGCUGUUGUGUAUGUUGAACUGCUUCAACAAAUGCAAGAGCUCAAGUGCCAAGCUUCUGCGAGCUUCAAUCGCUUUGUUUCUGCUGCCCUGAAUGACUAUCAAUUCACGGCUGUCUCAGAGUCCAACUUCUAUUCAGCCAAUCUAUCGCAGACACGGAAACUCGAGACACAGCAACACUUUGCAGCCAAACACUUUGCUGUCAUUCAACGCAAAGUCAUUUCCAUGGAAAUCAAGCUUGGUAUUGCAAAUUGCUGGAACAUAUCAUCACCUGAAUAUCAAGAUACCCUAAAAUACAUGACGCUUCGCAAGUAUCAUAAGGCCCUCAAUAAUCUACAGCAUCUUGUGGUGCAGCAGUUGUUUGAGUUGCAACGUCUUAAUGUCUCACAAACUGCUAUCCAGAAUGCUGUCAAAAAAUAUAACGAGGUAGCAUCAGAGUUGCAACCACCGUGGCCGCCACUUGAGUGUUUCCUUGACGAAUUCAACCUACUUCGUGAAACAUGGCAAGACAUUUGCGAGAAGCCAUGGACCAAACCUGUGGUUCAGGAGACUAUCCGCCAAUAUCUCCGCAUUCAACGUGCUAAGGAGGAAAUUAUUCGUUGUAACGUUGAAGUCUGUCGCUUACACACUGCAAUUGUUGGUGAGAAUGAAGCAUUCGCCCGCAUACUUGAUGCACUCAAGACGUCUAACUCGCCUAUCUUUGUAGUCAUUCAUUGUCUUGAUGCAUUUAGUGGAGACAAGUCUUCUGGUAUUAGAAAGGGGUCUGACAGUGUUGAAGUUCCCUCCACUGUGACAACAGAUCAGCCACUUGAGAAUGAUGAGACUGAAGAAGGAUUAGAUGAGGAUGAUGAAGUGGAGCGGGACAUAGGGACUCUUGUAGAAUUUAUCUCUGACAUGGCACUGUGUCCUUGA